AUGAGAAUCAUUUUAUAUAUUGCACUCUUUAUUACAUUGGCUAUUGCCUUGGUAUCGGGUAAUGCUCAUCAGCCAAAGAUUCUUAGACCCGACACACCAGAAAGAAAACACAAGACUUGUUACAAAAAGUCUAGCAUUGAAUAUGCUGAUCGUAUAAAGUCUCCUCUACCUAGAGACUACUUGGAUCUAGAUGCUCUUCCACAAUCUUACGAUUGGAGAAACGUAUCAGGUGUCAACUAUCUGACCAUGAAUCGUAAUCAACAUAUUCCACAAUACUGUGGGGGUUGUUGGUCGUUUGCAUCCACGAGUGCGAUUAGCGAUAGGAUCAACAUAGUGAGAGGCGGUCCCAUCUUUCCACAGAUUAACGCAUCUCCCCAGCAUCUCAUCAAUUGUGAUGGUGGAGGUACCUGUGAUGGUGGUGAUCCAAGAGCUGCUUAUGAGUUUAUGGCUGAAAAGGGUAUUGUUGAUGAAACAUGUCAACCAUAUCAAGCUGAAAAUGGUUUGGCUUGCACACCAGCAUGCAAGACAUGUGAUCCAAAUGGAUCAUGUCACACUAUAACAAACUACACCAAUAUCUUUGUUGACGAGGUUGGCAAGAUUGCACCAUUUGCCAAGGAUAUCAUGGCUGAAGUCUACGCAAGAGGACCUGUUGCUUGCUCGAUCGAUGCUACUUCUCAAUUGGAAGCUUACACCGGUGGAAUUUUCAAGGAAUUUGUCGCUGCUCCAAUUCCAAACCAUAUCGUCAGCAUCGUUGGUUGGGGUGUCGAGAAUGACGUCUCUUACUGGAUUGUUCGUAAUUCUUGGGGCUCUUAUUUUGGUGAAUCUGGAUUCUUCAGAAUCGUUCAAGGUAACUUUUAUGAUAAUCUUGGUAUUGAAUUGGAUUGUGUCUGGGCUACUCCAAAGGUUUCCAGCAUUCCAUCAUUAUAA